GGAGUGGGUGUGUUGUUGUUGUUGUUUCGCGUGUGUGUCAGUGCGAGUAGGAUAUGAGUGCCGAGGAGGAGAACCUAAGGAUCAGGAGGCGCAGGAGGAGAAAGAAGAUGACGUUAGUAGGAGGACUUUUGCCGACGCGGCGGUCCCAGGGUGGACUACCGAUCGUCCUCGUCGCCGUUCUCGGCGUCCUUUGCUCUGAAAGCUUCGUAGGACACGCCCACGCUAUCAAGUCUCAGCAGGAGCCAAGAUUCAGUAUCCAGACCUCGAACAACGGCAGCAUCAUCCGCGAGAACGAGAGGAAAAUUUUUCAGUGCCAAACGGAAAGUAAUCAACUGGAGUACAGGUGGUACAAGGAUGGCGAGCAACUUCCGACCGACAUUGCCUCGAGCUCGUUUUAUCGAAUCAAUGACAGUCGGCGGGAGGACACGGGCAUCUACUUUUGCGUCGUGUCGAACGACGUUGGCUCCAUAUUUAGCGACAGGACCUUGUUCUCCGUUGCUUACAUGGACAAUUUCACGGACCUGAGCGAGCGCGCGGUGGAGGUGACGUCGGGCAGUGCGGCCGUCCUGGAGAUGCCACGAAUCGAGAGCUUGCCAGUACCGGCGGUCACCUGGUUGUACUCCAACCAAGACCUUCCCCUGCACUCCGACAAAUACGUCGCGGUAGACCGCAAGCUCUUCAUCCUGAGCGCCAGUGAAGCCGACGAGGGCUACUAUGCGCCGCGAGCUAUCAACACUGUGCUCGGCAAAGAGGAGGAAGGUCCGAUGUUCAACCUCAAGGUAACCGGAGAUCCGAGCGCCGACGUGCCACCCACGAUUGUCGUCAAGCCGGAGGACACGAGGGUCGCCAAGGACCAGAAGGCCAGUCUGCACUGUAUCGCCAAUGCCAGGCCCCUCGAGAACCUCAAGACCAUCUGGACGAAGGACGACGUACCGAUCGAGGACGCGAGAAUAGCUUACGACCUGGAGGACUCGUACAACAGGACCCUCACCCUCAUACCGAACAACUCGACCUACAGCGGCACUUACGCCUGUCGCGUCAUACACACGCGCGGGGAGUACCCCACCAUCGUCGCCAGCGCCGAUCUCGUCGUGCUCGAAAAGCCAUUCUUUCCGACCAAACUGAAACGAGUGACGCCGAGCGAGUACGGCUCCACGGUGGUGCUGACCUGCGAGGCCGCGGGCGUGCCCGCCCCGAGGAUCCAGUGGUUCCGCAACACCCAGUCCAUCGACGAUCUCGAAGGAUCGGGGUACGACGUGACAAACGGUACGCUGAUCAUAAAGAAGCUGACGAUGAAGGAUCCGGGCAUGUUCCAGUGUCUGGCGAGCAACGAGGCCGGCGAGGCGUCCAGCUACACUUGGCUCAAGGUCAAAACAUCGAUACCGAUAUGGGAAAUGCGACCGCAAAAUUUGACCGUCCUGGACGGCAGAGUGGCGACGCUGAACUGCCGAGCGAUAGCCGCACCAGUGCCGAAUGUCACUUGGAUCUACAAUGAUACCCAGCCGGUGGAGAUAGCCGGUAGAGUCGAGCUGUCGGACAACGGGGACCUGGUGAUAGCCAACGUCAAGCCGAGCGACGCCGGCAAGUACUCGUGCGUGCGAGCCAACGAGGCCGGCUCGGUCAACGGAUCGGCUUAUCUCUCGGUGUUCGUGAGGACGCAGAUAGUGCAGCCACCGGUGGACCAAUCGGUUCUCCUCGGCCAGACGGCAGAGCUCAAGUGCGAGGUUUCGAACGACCCGAGCGUCAAUUACGACGUCGCCUGGUUUCACAACUCCCAAGUUGUGAAAACUAGCUCGCGGGUACAGAAGCAGAACGACGGCACGCUCAAGAUAAACCACGUGCGGGCGGGCGACGCCGGGGACUACAUGUGCUCGGUCGUGUCGCCGGGCGGCAACGAGACCAGAACCGCCAGGCUCGCCGUUAUCGAGCUGCCCUUUGCGCCCAUCAAAGUCGUGGCUCGACGCUCCGAGGACAUAUCACGGAGAACGAUCAAUGUCACCUGGGUGCCCGGCUUCGACGGCAACAGCCCCAUCAAGUCGUACAUCGUGCAGAGGCGCGAGGUCCCUGAAAUCGGUCCGUUGCCCGAUUUGACGCUCAACUGGGUCACGGAGUACUCCAACUUAUCGGCCAACAAUCGCUGGACGCUGUUCAAGAACUUGAAAGCGGCGUCUGCCUACCAGUUCCGCGUGAGCGCGGAGAACAGCGUCGGCGAGGGUCCAAGUUCCGAGCCGAGCGAAGUCGUCGUGCUGCCGCAAGAACCGCCAUCCGGUCCACCGUUGGGUUUUGUGGGCUCGGCGCGCUCCUCGUCCGAGAUCAUAACCCAGUGGCAGCCCCCGGCCGAGGAGCACCGCAACGGCCACAUACGCGGCUACGUGCUACGCUACAAGCUCCACGGCUACAACGACACGCCUCUCAUACUGAAGAACAUAUCCAAGGAAACCCAGAAGAAUUACCUGAUCGAGGACCUCAUCACCUGGAAGGACUACAUUGUGCAGAUCGCCGCGUACAACGACGAGGGCGUCGGUGUCUUUACCCACGAGCUCAAGAUCAAGACCAAGGAAGGAGUGCCCGAAGCCCCGCCGACCGAUGUCCAAGUGAAGGCGCUCAACUCGACGGCCGUGAAAGUUUGGUGGAGGCCGCCCGAUCCCCAGAAGAUAAACGGUCUCAAUUUGGGCUACAAGCUCCAAGCUUGGUGGAACGGUGGCUACGCCGAGGACAAUCUUUACAAGUCCGUGACAGUGGCGCCCAAUCUCUACGAUCCCCAAGCCGAGCAGAACGCCGUCAUAUCGAAUCUGAGAAAGUACACCCUCUACAACAUCACCGUGCUCUGCUUCACCAGUCCUGGUGACGGUGAGAGGAGUGCUCCCAUAGCCGUUCGCACCAGCGAGGACGUUCCCGGUAAAGUGGAGAACCUACAGUUUCUUAAUAUCAGCGAUCGCGCUCUGACGGUCAAAUGGAAGGUGCCUCGCGAGCUCAACGGGAUUCUCACCUCUUAUCAGCUAAAGUACAUGAUCAAAGACAAGCCCGAGACCAUUAAAGUGCUCAAUUUUACCGCCAACGUGCUCUCGACGAAAAUUGAACGGCUACAGGCCACGACGCAUUACACGUUCGAAGUCUUGGCUUGGACGUCCAAGGGUCCUGGAGAGUCGAGCAUCGCUACGAUACAGUCUGGUGUCGAGCCAGUGCUCCCCAAGCCCCCGACCAAGCUGGCGUUGUCCAACAUCGAUGCCUUUUCGAUCGUGCUUCAAUUCACCCCGGGCUUCAACGGCAACGCUUCGAUUUCCAAGUGGACCGUACAGGCGCAAACCACCCGGAACAUGACGUGGCACACGAUAUCCGAGAUCCACGACCCGGAAGCGAGAAAAAUCACGGUCGAGGGCCUCAUACCCUUCAUGCAGUACAAACUGCGGCUGAUAGCCAACAACGUUGUGGGUCCCUCUGCGCCGUCCGAGCCCACCAAGGAGUUCCAGACCAUCCAAGCGCCGCCCUCCCACCCGCCGCGUAACGUCACCGUGCGAGCGAUGAACGCCACGGAAUUGCGGGUUCGCUGGAUCCCCCUGCAGCAGAUCGAGUGGUACGGCAACCCGCGCGGAUACAACAUCACUUACACGGAAGUCCGAACCAAUAGAUCCAAGAGCAUCAGCAUCGAGGAUCACACCGCUAACUCGUUCGUCCUCGAGAACGUGGAAGAGUUUGCGUUGUACGAAGUGCGCAUGAGCGCGUACAAUGACGUUGGCUCCUCCCCGUUGAGUCCCAAGGCUGUCGAGAGAACCCGCGAAUCCGUACCGUCCCACGGGCCAGUGAACGUUGAAACUAACGCGACGUCCUCGACGACAAUCGUCGUCAAGUGGGGAGAAGUGCCGAUCGAGCAUCAAAACGGAUUGAUCGAGGGCUACAAGGUCUUUUAUCUGGCCAUCAACAAUCCGUCCCCGCCGCAGCAUAAAAUUAUCCCCAACAACUCCACCUUUACCACAACAUUGACCGAAUUGAGAAAGUACGUUCAGUAUCACGUGCAGGUGUUGGCGUACACGAGACUCGGCGAUGGUGUACUGAGCAUGCCACCCUGUCGCGUACAGACCUUCGAAGAUGUGCCUGGACCACCGUCAAACGUGUCGUUGCCGGACGUUAGCUUCAACACGGCGCGAAUCAUUUGGGACAUUCCUGAAGAUCCGAACGGGGAAAUUCUCGCUUUCAAGGUCAUGUUCCACCUGAACAGCAGCCAAAGUCACCAAUUCAGCAAAGAAUUUUCCGCCACUACGAGAACCUUCACGGCUACGAACCUGGAGCAAGAAAAAUACUACAUGUUUUCCGUGACGGCUCAAACUCGCUUGGGUUGGGGUAAAACGGCGUAUGCUUUGGUUUUCACGACCAACAACAGGGAACGGCCCCAGCCUCCGUCGAAGCCCCUCGUGAGCAAGUCCCAGUUGCAAAGUCGUCAGAUAACUUUUAGCUGGACGCCGGGACGCGAUGGCUUUGCGCCCGUCAGGUACUACACCGUGCUGCAGUCGGAAAAUUCUCUCCCCUUCAAAAUCAUCUCCGAAAGGGUGGAUCCCUCUCUUACGUCAUACACCGCCAAGGACUUGAAACCAUUCACCGAGUACAGAUUCAGAAUCCAAGCAACGAACGACAUCGGCCCUUCGGAGCUAAGCGACGAGUCUGAUCAAGUGAAGACGCUACCAGCUGCUCCGUCAAAAGCAGUGACCGGAAUCAAAGUUGUGCCUACAACGAGGACAAGCAUCGAGGUUUACUGGGAUGAAAUCGACGAGUCCUACUGGAGCGGAGACCACCAGACUGGUGGGUAUCGAGUUUUGUAUCAGCUCACGGAUUUCUCCUCUGCUCUUUCCGGACCUCCGAAGGAAGAAGUCAAAGGAAUAAACAACACCAAUAUUACUUUGAGCGAUCUCACCGAGGACAAGUAUUACGACAUCACCGUCGUUCCGUUUAAUUCGGAAGGCGAGGGUCCUAAAAGUAUUUUGGUCAGAGUGUACGUUGGGGAGGCCAUUCCAACUGGCGAGCCUCAAGAGGUCACGGCGGAACCGAUCUCUUCCACGGAGGUUCAGCUCAAGUGGAAGCCCCCUCAGGCAAACAAGCAAAACGGCGAACUCCUGGGUUACAAGAUUUUCUAUUUGGUGACCGACUCGCCCCAAGAGCUCGAAAAUAAGCAAGAGGAAGAAAUCGAAGUCGUCUCGGCCUCCAAUUCCACUCACAGUCUAGUGUUUCUCGAUAAAUACACGGAAUACCGGAUGCAAGUUUUGGCCUUCAAUAUAGCCGGUGACGGGCCACGCUCUCUUCCUAUUACCGUCAGGACCAAGCAAGCCAUACCAGGUCCACCGCAGAAUUUGCAAUUCAGUAAUAUCACGCUGACGAGCCUGCGAGUAUCGUGGGAUCCGCCCAAGCUGCGAAACGGCGAGAUCGUCGGAUACUUUGUUUCUUACCAGACGGCCGUACCCAACGAUCGCUUCAGCAAACAAGUCAAGCAAAAAGUUGUCGAAACAAACUUGCUCGUUCAAUCACUGGAGGAAGAAGUGACCUACACAUUUAUUGUCCAAGCGGAAACGAUAGAUCGAGGACCGCCGAUAUCCGGUAAUGUGACGACCGGUCCACAAGAGGGCUCGCCACAACCACCGAGUAAUCUCCUUUUAUCAAAGACAAGCUCGGGUGUGGAUUUGCAGUGGACCAACGGGGCCACGGGCAAAGGUCCUAUUUUGGGUUAUUACAUCGAAACUCAGAAUAAAGAUGACAGUCAAUGGCAGACUGUAGUUCGAACAAGUACUGGCUUGCUGUCGGAAUGCAGUAUAUCGUAUCAAAAUUUACUUCCAUCAACGUCUUAUGUAUUCAGAGUGAUUGCUUACAAUAUCUAUGGCAUCAGUUAUCCUGUUCUUUCCACGGAGACGAUUCUCACACCUUCGAAGUUAUACAUGGAGUACGCGUAUCUACAACAACGACCAUUUUACAGAAAAACUUGGUUCAUGGUCUCCUUGGCGGCUUCGUCUGUUGUCGUGAUUAUUAUGGUCAUAGCAGUGCUCUGUGUAAAGAGCAAGAGUUACAAGUACAAGCAGGAGGUACAGAAAGUCCUCGAAGAGUCAAUGGCUAUGGACAUAGACGACCGACAGGAGUCGGACCUAGAGUUGUACCGUUCGCGUCAGGGUAUCGGCUCAGGUGGUAUCUCCAGUCUGGCCAACGGCUGCGGCACCCUGGGCAAGCGGAGCACCCUCAGCCGCAAACCGAUGCAUCCACCCUUACCUGCGGUUUACGGGAAAUCACCGCCCCGACCGUCACCAGCAUCCGUGGCCUACCACAGCGACGAAGAGAGCCUCAAGUACGACGAAAAUCCCGAUGACAGCAGCGUCACGGAAAAACCCUCAGAAAUCAGUUCUACGGACUCGCAGGUAUCGGAGAGCGAGAACGAGAGCGUACAGUCGGAUCCACACUCGUUCGUGAAUCACUACGCCAACGUGAACGACUCGCUGAGGCAGUCGUGGAAGCGCCAGAAGCCGGUGAGAAAUUACUCCUCGUACACAGACUCGGAGCCCGAGGGUAGCGCAGUGGUGAGCUUGAACGGCGGACAGAUUAUAAUGAACAACAUGGCAAGGUCGAGGGCGCCCCUUCCCGGCUUCUCCUCUUUCGUCUGAUAUUAAUUGAGUACCCCAUGAUGAUUCUAACUGUGUUACUAUAAGGAAGAGCAAUAAACAUAAGCGGAACCUGCCUGCUUGUAUUUUGCGCGUCGAAAAGCUGGCAGCGCACACGUAUUCCCAAGCUUACGGCGAAAUCUCAUUGUGAUAUAUAUCGUUAUUAUGUUUACGUGUAAUGUAUUUAUAAUUUUUUUUUUUUUUUUUUUUUCAAUUACGUGCACAUACAUUGUUCACAUUCAUUUGGACGAGUCCGCCGUGACUUAAGCUACCGUGCGAAGCAUGUGUCGAGCUGUUUAGUUUUUUGAAUAUUAUUUUUUACUCUAACGGAUUUUCAUACAAGCUUUUCGUACUUUGGAUACCACUUUUUUAUACGACCAUCUUUGACGAAAGAGUUUAAUUAGCGUAUAGCUCGAAGAUCAAUUGGAUGAUUCAUAAAUUUGUGUGCGAUUGACAUUUUUUUUUUUUUUAAGUAGCAAAGAAGACUUUUUAUUUAGAGAGAGGACGAUUGUCUUCCAAUACACAUAUCGUUAUAAAUCAUAAUUGAAACUUUUUAUUUUAAUGACAGGGUAGUUGAUAAAGUAUGUACAAACCUGUACAUAUAGUAUACGUUUUCAGGCGACUAGCAAACAUCUCCAAUUUUGCGAUUCAUUAACGAAUACGAUAUAAAAACUAUUCAUAUCAUAAACACGAACGAAUGAAGCAGUAGUUGCCUUAUUGAUAAUCAAAACACGUGACUUGUCAAAGUCUCCUGAAAAUUGCAAUUAGUAUUAUAAUAUUUAAGUCUCUCAAAAGUAAUUAGACUUAUUAAUAGGAUAAAUGUCACUGUAUUGGAUAGAUUAGAAAUGUAAGAGUAUGACUGUUUACGUAUGUUAGAAAUUACACUUUGAAAUAAGUCUGAAUUAUGCAAUUUUGCAUACUUAUUGUAAUAUAGCUUACUUAUCAUUUAGCUCUUUAUUUUACUUAAGUAUCUUUAUCAUAAGUAUUUCUGUACACAUUACGUUUACUUAAACAAAAAAAAAAAGAGAAACCUUGUACAUUAUGAUUUUGAAAAUAUUCUUAAUCAGCUGUAAAAAGUUAGUUUUUUUUAGAAUUUUUAAUAACUAACUGGUGAGUGUUAUACAUAUCUUCAGAAGAGCUUUCGUAAACAUAGCUAUUGUAUGUGUAACGAGUGUAUAAUUUGAUGAUUGUGACGUAAGUGAGAAGAUUAUUGUAUAGAAGAAAAGGCUGACGACUCAAUUGUAGUUUAAAGAACCUUCAAUAAGAUUUUAGAUGCCUUUCAAAAGAAAGCACUUGCAUUGAGAGCUUAUAAUAGAAAAAUUGACGAAUAAGAGUGAUAGUUUUAUAAAAAUUACUCAUAAGAGUAAUAUUUAUUGUCACCAAGUCAUUCAGUGAACUGAGUGUGUUGUUGCUCGAGCAUAUAAUGAAAUAAUAAACUUCUUACACACUCUAUUCUUAAGACAAUACUACUUACAUAUUAGUAAUGCGCAUCUCAAUUCACUUCGCAUGAGUAGACAUUGUAAUUUAGGUUACAAAGUAGGAUUUAUAAUAAAUUAACAUAAGUAUCGUGCGUUUUUGUGACAAGAUAUCUCAUUGUUAUUCAUAGAAGCUUAAAUGCUCCUGUGACACUGCCAAUACAUUUUUAUGUUCAAAUUUUCUAUUAUUUAUAAACGAUUGUAAGAAAGAUCGGAAAUAGAUUCAUUGUAAUACAUGAUUUGUUUAGAAAUAUAUAAUCUUUA